AUGUGGCUCUUAUUAAGUCCUCGGCGUGAUGGAUGCCCCAAGGCCCCAACCUGUCACCAGGUGCGAGCACCGCCAUAUUCACUGGCAACUCGAAACCCCCUCGGCGGGAGUCGCGUGUACCGCGUCAGAGGCUCAGACGAGCUUCUUUCGCAGAGUGGCGUCACCGUCAUGGCACCUGCCGCUCCACACCACGCUGACAACAACAAUCAGGAUUCCGCCGCCAAAAAGGUGAAGUUGGAGCAGAAUGUCGGGAAGCCCUCGCGCGUCAUCCACAUACGGAACAUACCAAACGAGACGACCGAAGCGGAGGUCAUCCAACUGGGCCUCCCUUUCGGCCGGGUCACCAACGUGCUGGUUCUCAAGGGCAAAAAUCAGGCGUUCCUCGAGAUGGCGGAGGAGAUCUCUGCGGUGGCGAUGGUCGCCUACUUCGGCGGCUGCGUUGCCCAACUGCGCGGUCGCGCGGUCUACGUGCAGUUCUCCAACCACAAGGAGCUAAAGACCGACCAGACCCAUAGCAACGCUUCGGCAUCAGCCCAGGCGGCUCUGCAAGCGGCCCAGGUCAUAUCCAACAGCGCCGGCGCCGCCCUGGUCGCGGGUGCUGGCGCCGCCUUGCAGCCGGCCAACGGAGGCACCGAAAUACAGGGAGGUCCCAACACGGUGCUCCGAGUGAUUAUAGAGCACAUGCUUUACCCGAUUGUGCUCGACGUGCUGUACUCCAUCUUCCAACGGUACGGGAAAGUUCUGAAAAUCGUGACCUUCACUAAAAACAAUUCUUUCCAAGCGCUCAUCCAGUACCCCGACACCAUGUCUGCGCAAACGGCGAAGACGGCCUUGGACGGGCAGAACAUAUACAAUGGCUGCUGCACGCUACGCAUCGACUACUCUAAGAUGACCUGCCUCAACGUGAAAUACAACAACGACAAGUCGCGGGACUACACUAACCCCACACUGCCAUCUGGCGACGGCGACGCGCACCAACUGUUGACCAGUGGUGGGGUUUUGCCUCCUCCGUUCUUGGGGUUGGGGUCGGGACUGGCGUCCCCAUACGGCGUUGGAGUUAGUGGCGUGGGACUGCCGGCCUUCGGUGCCCUCACGUUGACUCCAGCGUCCCCAGCACUUCGGGCCCUGACCGCUCCGCCGUUGCCAUUGGCAACGGUCCUGCUCGUUUCCAACCUCAACGAAGAGAUGGUCACGCCUGACGCUCUCUUUACCCUUUUUGGCGUUUACGGCGAUGUGCAACGCGUCAAGAUCCUGUACAACAAAAAGGAUUCAGCCCUAAUUCAAAUGGCGGAGCCACAUCAAGCUCACUUGGCUAUGACCCACAUGGACAAACUGCGCGUGUUCGGCAAGGCCAUGCGCGUGAUGCUGAGCAAGCACCAGACCGUGCAACUGCCUAAGGAAGGCCAGCCCGACGCCGGACUAACCAGGGACUAUUCCCAGAGCCCGCUGCACAGAUUCAAGAAGCCGGGCAGCAAAAACUACCAGAACAUAUACCCGCCAAGCGCCACACUGCACCUGUCCAACAUUCCAGCGACCAUCUCCGAGGAAGAUAUCAAAGAGGCGUUCACCAAGCGCGGCUUCGCGAUCAAGGCGUUCAAGUUUUUCCCGAAGGACCGCAAGAUGGCGCUCGUCCAACUGCCGACAAUUGACGACGCGGUGGCAGCGCUCAUUAAAAUGCACAACUACCAGUUGUCGGAGUCCAACCACCUCAGGGUGUCCUUCUCCAAAUCGAGUAUC